AAGGCAUGUCGUCAAAUAAUAGGUUUGAAGGAUAAUUGUAUCAUGCCACAAACUGGGAAAACCUACAUCAAGUCUUUCGUUGGCGGAAAGGAUCACUCACCAGAGAACGCUCAGAACGGAAUGACUCAUGGCUUUGUGUCCCAGUUUGAAACUCGAGAGGAUAGGGACUUCUUCCUUUUUCAGGAUCCGAUACAUCUUGCACUUGAUGUGAAGAUCUCUCAUGUGAUCGAGAGAUUUAUUGCUCUGGACUUUACAGACAAUGAGCUAUCAUGA